AAAAAAAAAAACUUCAAUAAUUUGCCCCUUCCUAUAUAAAGAACAAGCAACAACUUCGAAGAAACCGUAUGCCGAGAAUUUUCUACACCAUUUGGACUAAUAAAUCUAUUAAAAUCGAAGCAAGUUGAAGCCGACGCAAAGUGAGAGAGAUGAAGGGGUGCGAACUGUGCAGAUAUCCGGCGAGGAUAUACUGCGAAGCGGACGGAGCGAGUUUGUGUUCGCAUUGCGACGAGAAGGUUCACUCUGCCAAUUUCCUCGUAGCUAAGCACUCCAGGUGUCUCCUCUGCCAUGUCUGCCAAUCUCCUACUCCAUGGAAAGCCUCUGGAACGAAGCUUGGCCCCACUGUUUCCGUUUGCGACACUUGCGUUCUUCUUAACUGUAGUGGUAAACAGGGGAGAGGUCCAGAGGGAGAUGAGGAGGCGGUCCAUGGAGGGAACGAAAAUGACGAGACUGAAGAUGAUUUUGAAGGUGAAGAUUACAGUGAUGAUGAUGAGGAUGGUAGUUAUGGCGACGAUGAGGAAGACGGAGAUAAUCAAGUAGUACCUUGGUCUUCUAUUCCGCCGCCGCCGCCGCCUCCUGUUGCCAGUUCUUCCAGUAGUGAAGAGGUGUCUUCCUGGCGAAGAAUCUCCUCCGCCGGUGCCAGUGGCGAAGGUGUCUCCUCAUUGAAACGAACGCGACAGAAUGCAGAUCUUGAUUCUGAUGAUGAGAUUGGGUCGACGUCUUCGCGAUUCAACCAUAACAUUCCGUUGGUGGUGGCGAGCUGUCAAGCAUUAGAGAAUGAUGAAGCCACUUCCUCUGUCUCCCGUAGAUCACUGAAGGUGCUACGAAGAACUAGUGAAGCGUUUGAAUCACAGAGAGUCCAAGAAAGUAACGAAACAGAGUCAAGAUCGUCGGUGGCGAUGAUCCUAAACUCGCUCAGGGAACUCCAGCAAAACACGAUCUCCGAUGAUGAGAACCCGUCCACUAUGGUCCUUCAAAUCUGCAGGCUAAGCAGAGAUCCUAUCUGUUUUUCACCUAUUCCUUCCAGCAAUGGAGACAAAAGAUCAUAAGUUGUUGUAACUUGUUUAAGUCUUUAAAUUUGAGCCCUAGUUUAUUCCUCUGAACCCUACCUAACUUUGUGCAAAUUAUGAUUAAAUUCUCAUACUAAUUUUCUUUUUUCUGGUUAUAUUCAAUUCUGAUAAUGGAUAUAUUCAUUUUGUUUGGAAUAAUAUUAGAAAUUAUGAAAAAAA